CCCGACGUCGGUCGCGCAUGGAGGAGCCGGGCCCGCCGGCGGCCGCCUUGCCGAGGGGGCCCCGGGGCGGCGAUGCUGGCGCUGGGGCUUCUGUGGCGGGCGCUCGCUAGCGCGGGCUAUGCGCACGCGGCGCCCCGGCGAGAGGGCCAGAGCGGGCGCGCCGCCGCCGCCGCCGCCGCCGCCAUGGAGCAGGAGCGGGCGCUGGAGGUCUACGAUCUCAUCCGGACGAUCCGGGACCCCGAGAAGCCCCACACGCUGGAGGAGCUGGAGGUGGUGAGCGAGAGCUGCGUGGAGGUGGCCGCGACCGGGGAGGGCGAGUGCCUGAUCACCAUCCGGUUCACGCCCACGGUGCCCCACUGCUCCCUGGCCACGCUCAUCGGACUGUGUUUGAGGAUCAAACUUCAGAGAUGUUUACCUUUCAAGCACAAGCUGGAAAUCUACAUAUCAGAGGGGGCACAUUCUAUUGAGGAGGACAUCAACAAACAAAUCAAUGAUAAGGAGAGAGUCGCAGCAGCAAUGGAGAAUCCCAGUUUGCGGGAGAUCGUGGACCAGUGUGUGCUGGAGCCUGACUGACGUAGAAUGUAUCUGGCACCUUUGUAUUAGCUUCUUUAUAAAAUUACCUUGAAUUUAAUAUGAAAAAAUUCUUUGCACCUCUUACGUAUUUUUUAAAAAAUAAUUUUGAAAACAUCCAAUUAAUUGCAAACAAGAGUGAGCAGACGUGAUCAAUCUCAGAUGAACUGUAAAGAAUAAAAAGUUAAUAUUCUCUUA